AAAGAUGACGCCAUCAAACUUCGACCUGCGUGCGAGGACGUCAUGACGUAGUCUUUGUGGGACAGUUUGUUUACAUCAUGGCGGCGGUGGAUUUCAGAGAUAACCUUUUGGGGAUUUCGUGGGUGGACAGCGGCUGGGUUCCGAUUCUGAACCCUGGAAAUGUUUUGGAUUACUUCUCUGAGAGGAGCAAUCCGUUUUAUGACCGAACCUGUAACAACGAGGUGGUGAAGAUGCAGCGGCUCAGCCUGGAACAUCUCAAUCAGAUGGUGGGAGUGGAAUACAUUCUUCUUCAUGCUCAGGAGCCGAUUCUUUACAUAAUCCGUAAACAGCAGAGAACGUCUCCAACACAAGAAAUCCCGUUGUCGGACUACUACAUCAUAGCAGGAGUGGUGUAUCAGGCCCCGGACCUGGGGACCGUGAUCAGCUCCAGAGCGCUCUCUGCGGUUCAUGGGAUCCAGUCGGCUUUCGACGAGGCCAUGUCCUACUGUCGCUAUCACCCGUCUAAAGGAUACUGGUGGCACUUCAAGGACCAGGAGGAGAGAGAUAAAACCAAACCGAAGUCAAAGAAGAAAGAGGAGGCGAGUUCUCUGUUCCAGAGGCAACGUGUCGACACGCUCCUUCUCGACCUCAGGUCCAAAUUUCCACCAACAUUUUACCAGCCCAAACCGGGUGAGAAGCCGAUUCCAGUUGAGGUGAAGAAAGAACCAGAACCUCCGACAGAAACCGUUAAACAAGAGGAGAGGGAGCCGGCCUCUAAGUCCUCCGUGCCGGCGCCGCCAAGCAAACCGCCUCCUGAGAAGAGAGCUCGGCUUCAGUGAGACCGGACGGAGACAGGAAGUGAGACGUACGACAGAUCCACUGAAAGAAAAGCUCAGGAGUGUUUUUGUUACCUCUCCAUAAAUACAAGACGGUUUCUUUUUACUCAUCGGAUCCAUUUACAGGACGAUGACAAAGAGCAGCGCCAGGAUUGGUUUGACAUCACCAGACAGCUGUGUCACACACACACACACACACACACACACACACACACACACACACACACACACAGACAGACAGACAGACAGACAGACAGACACACACACACACACACACACACACACACACACAGACAGACACACUCACACACACACACACACACAGACACAUACACAGACACACACACACAGACAGACACACACACAGACACACACACACACAGACAGACACACUCACACACACACAGACAGACACACUCACACACACACAGACAGACACACUCACACACACACACACACACACACACACACAGACACACACACACACAGACAGACACACUCACACACACACACACACACACACACACACACACACACACACACACACAGACAGACAGACAGACACACUCACACACACACACACAGACAGACACACACACACACACACACACACACACACACACACACACAGGGUUAAUGCUGGAUGUCAGCAGCAGGCGUGAGGUGGGAUGAGGUUUUUUGGACGAUACGCUGACUCAGCAGAAGUGUCGGUUUACUGAUGACAUCAGCGUAAUAUUUGUGUUGUGACAGUUGAACUCGUCGAGCUCAUCACAGAGGAGCGUCACCGUGAACGACCUCAUCAGACUUAUUUCCACACUCUGUUGUUAUUACUUUGAAAUACUCUGUUUGUCUGCUUUUGUAUUAAAAUAUUUCAACCACUGGA